CUUUCAGAGAGCAUAGCCCCUAAUCUUGUUAGUUCCACGCUAAUCAUAUGCUACUUCUUGGGAUCCUCAUCCAGAUGGCCGCGGUACAAGCAGCUCUAGAAGAUUGUCCAAUGCAAGCGCUACGUUCUAUCAUUCUUCAAGUACGCAGAGAGACCAGAGAUCCAGCAGUCCAAAAGCGGGUGAUACGACGAAUCGCUGAGGAACUUCAUGGGGGAGAUUGGGGCGUUAUCAUCGUUCGAGAUCCUACUUUGGCGUCUCGCGGGAAAGAAGUGAGUUGGGAAUUCCCUUACCAAAAUAUUUUGGACGGCACUCCUGGGUUUUGCCUUACCGUGAUCGAAGGAUGGCUGUACCACGUUGUCAAGGUAUGCGGAUAUGGGUACAGUGAUAAAGUGAACGUUGAAGGACUAGUGAAUAAGAUCCGAGAGCAAGCGACGCUCCAAAGCCAACCUCAGCCUUACGCCGCCACUAAAGAGAGAAGCCAGUCAAGAAAGGAAAGAUAUAAACCUAGGCGAGUGUCUACGCUCCUUGUAAGAAGAACAAUAGCUGGCCUCAUGCUACUUUUUGUGAUUCUCAUCAACGUAGUCGCAGUUCAUGCAGCUCUGGAGGACUGCCCAAUGCAAUCAAUACGUUCUAUUAUUCAAGAAGUUUACAAAGCGUCCAGAGACCCAGUGAUUCAGAAACGGGUUAUACGUCGAAUUGCUGAGGAGGUCCACGGAGGUGACUGGGGUGUUAUCAUUGUUCGGGAUCCUGCUCUGGCCAUUCGCGACGUAAACUGGGAGUUCCCUUACCAAAAUAAUGCAGACAAUUCUCCUGCUUUCUGUCUCACUAAAAUCAAUGGGUGGCUGUAUCACGUUAUAAAGGUACGAGGAUAUGGUCAAAGUGACAGAGUAAACAUUGAAGGGCUAGUAAAAAAGGUACGGCAGCAGGUGACGAACCAGCGGCUCCAAGUGCGUCGUAAGAUAUAA